GAUAAAAGCUUACUUUGCCUGAACGUUUCGUGGGUUGAGUGUGCAUCGAGACGAUGGCUGGCUGUGAAAAGGGAGGCAAAUGAGCAUAGCACGGCAGUUAGUGGGGUGUUUGCAGCAGUGAGAUGGGAACUAGCCUCAGUGAAGGGGAAGGUUGCAGAAAUUGAGGGGGAGGUGGCAGAGGUUAAGGGGGAUGUUGCAGAAAUCGAGGGGGAUGUUGCAGAGGUGAAGGGGGAGGUGGAAGAGGUGAAGGAGGAAGUGGCAGAGGUGAAGGAAAAGAUGGCAGAAGUAAAGGGGGAGCUGGCAGCAGCAGUGAUGGAGAAGAGCCGCACGCCUUGCAUAGUCAUGCCUCGGAGGACUGCAGUGGCCAUGCUGCUGCUGGCUUUCCUCCUUGGCGCUGCCAUCGUGUAUUUUGGAAAGAAUCCCGGGUCACAGAUGGAGAGGGAAGUGGGAGCAGUGAAGUGGGAGCUGGCUCAACAUAAGGGUGCAAUCAAGGGGCUGAAGGAUGCGAUGAAGAAGAUGCAUGUUGAACUGCAAAUCGCCAGAGUAGUGGCAGUCAUAAGAUUGCAUGGGAG